AUACAGCUCAGGUUGUCAUGCUUGGUGCUAGACAUCUAACCCCUAGCCAGCUCACUGGCCCUGUUAGAUUUAGUUGCAGCUGAUGCAAAAAAGGGGAAAUGAUUUUAGCUAUAAGAUGCCAGUUUGGAGGUUUCUGUUUUGUUUGCUAAUAACUGAGUAGAAAAGCGGAGAAACUGUGCUUGCUCUUAGCACCAGGAACCAAGUCUCAUGAGGGCUGGCUCCAGGAUAGAAAGGGAUUCUGUUGACAUACACAAUUCUAACAGAGUUCUAGAACUCAGCUGAGGGGGUCAUCGUCAUAAGAGUCAGAAAGUGACCAAUUCCAUAGCAGUAUCCGCUCACCUUGUAAACCCCUAUUCUAGAGACACCCUCAUGGGGAACAUAACCAAGAGGGGAAGCAAAGAGCUCGUGGCUGACGCUGCCACACCGCAGGAUGACACCUCGGUCACCACACUGCACUCUAGACUCUAUGGGGCUAUAAUCAAGGAAGACUGUAACACAAUCAAGAAACUUCUCAGGACCCACCCUGUCAACCAGCCCUUGAACAUCCUGGUCAACCCCACCAGCUGCAGACUACUUCUGAACCAGCACGCUCAUGAUAUCUUCCCUAUCCAUCUGGCCGCCCAAUACCACAAGCCACAAAGUUUGCUUUGCUUGUUACAACAUGGGGCUAACCCAGAAGUAAGAGAUGCUCAAGGCUUCAACACUCUUCACCAGCUGCUGCUAAACUGGCCAGUCACUUUGACCACGUGGUCUAAAACAAACACUCUGAUCCAAAAGCUCCUGGCAGACAUUCAAAACAAAGCUGUCACAUGUCUACGCAUUUUGUGUGAACACGGAGUUCAAGUGAAUGCCCAGGCAGACAAGGACGACAAACAUUCACCCCUCCACCUGGCCAUAAAGCAUGGGACCUAUCCAGUUCUUGCCCUUUUGGUCCAAAAUGGUGCCCGGGUCAAUGCUAUGAACAGAGCCAGCAUGACGCCCCUCCACAUGGCUGCAGAAAUACUGGACAAAAACAUGAUAGAGACACUCAUUGCCUGCGGGGCCAAUGUGAACUGCGCCACCUCAAAUACUGGAAACACAGCUCUGAAGCUAGCUGUGCGCACCGCGUCAAGCAAAGCUGGCCAGCUGCUGGCAGCGGGGGUGGGCUGCAUCCGUCUGCUGCUAAAUCAUGGAGCCCAGGUCAAUGCCCAAGACCACAAAGGCCAAACAGCUCUGCACAAGGCAUGUUUUGGAGGCAGAGAGGUAAUAAUCAAUCUCUUGCUGGAAUUUGAAGCAGACGUGAACAUCUUAACAAGAAAUGGGGAGUCUGCAAUAUAUAUGUACCUUCAGCGCAGUUCCAAUAUCAGAGAUGCAUCGCUUCUGGCUAGGCUACUUUAUUACUCUUACCCUUUAAGACUGAGAAAUAAACAAGGGCUUCUACCUGCAGGAAUCAUGCAACCAGAAUUCCACCUCUUAAGGAAAACUCUAAUAAAACUAAUGAAAAAACCUUUAUCCCUAGAGGCCAUCUGUAAGAGAAAUAUCAGAAAUAUUUAUGGUGAGAAGUACAAGUUCUACCUGAGGCAGCAUCUCCCUGAGAAGCUAUGGAAAUCCGUAUAUGUCUUUUAUGACUUUGACUACCUGUUGAAAUGA